GUUUUCUAAUAUAUAGUAGGGUCCCACGUAUUUGUUUCCGUGUAUAAAGCAAAGAAUUGUUUCAAAGUUCGCUUUAUACGUGGUUUCUUAGAAAUGUGUGGAAAGAGGGAUAUGCCAUUUUGAGUUCAUCUCUGACCUUAACAGAGAUAUGGCCAAGCCACAGUGUCUGUUGCUACUUAGUUCAAGUUCAGAAGGUGGAAUCCAAGCUCAGUCUUUCAUCCAUGCGUUCACCUUGGCUCAUUCAGCCUUCAAUGUACAACUCGCUUCAAUAGAGGGUAGACUAGGAGACUUUGUAGGACAUGAUGAUAACAGUAAAAGAUGGAUAAGUGACUUCCGUUCAAAGCCAUACUCCAUGCCUCUCAGACUGGAUGUUGUUGAACCUUCUAGAUAUGCAGCUUUGUUGAUACCAGACUGUACAGGCGCCCUCUACGAUUUGACCAAGGACAGGAUUUUAUGUGACCUCAUCAGACACUUUGUUGCUGAAAAGAAACUGAUAUGUGCCAUAGGAUCAGGGGUAGCUGCUCUCUGCUCAACCAAGAAGACAGAAGGCAAGUUCUCAAAAUGGCUCUUUGCAUCUUACUGUCUUACUGCUCCCUCAGUGUAUGAGUUGGUGAGAUCAUCGUCAUUCGCCAGUCUUCCCAUAAUUCUUGAGGAUUUUAUCAAAGACAAUGCUGGAAAAUAUACAGCCAGUGAAGCAGGUGCUAUUCAUGUAGUUGUUGAUCGCUGUCUCAUCACGGGACAAAACGAAGCAUCCACCAUCAUGGCAGUCCAGAACCUGAUACUGGCUACAAACUCAAGGCAAGGUAAACCAGUGGGAUGGUAAGGCUCAUGGAAUAUAUAGAGGAUGAUCUACAGUAUGUUGUUUCUACCACAGGGUAUGCCUUGGAAGUAUUGGUAUAUGUAGCCGUCUAGAACCGUGUAAACUGUGUGAACUCUUUAAAGCACCUCUGCACUAGUUUGGCCAGGAGGGAUUAGAUCUCCCUGCAUGGUUACUGACAGAUGGUUAUCUCAUCAAAUCAACUAACAAUUAACAUAAGAAAAAGGGGAUCAUGGGGGACCAAUGGUCACAGAUUAGGCAUUGUUUGCUAUAUAGAUAGUGCAAGUAGUGCAGUGGGGCUUUAAGAGAGGAUGCCAAAUAAAUCCCUCAAAAAAGUUUUGGAACUCAAUUUGGUCUAUUUAUAGCUCUCUGAUCAUGGCAAAAUCAUUGUUUUUAUUGUUAUUAUUAGAAAGUGUGUUUACUCCUCUUUAAAAAGAUACCAUAUUUGUAAUGAUUCCGCAGCCAUGGAGUGAGCAAUACAUAAGGAUUAAAGGGUAGGGUCAAAAGUGAAAAAUUGCAAAAUGAACUGGUAAACACUGGCACUGUAAUUUAAAGCACUCUACUUCUUUGACAUAAGAGACUGUGAUUUUUGUAAAUGACAAUGGGGCUUUUGUUCCCAACUGAAGAAUCUGGUAUUGAUUGAAACUCCUGCACUUUGGUGACUUGUCAAGCAAGAUUCAGUACUGUUCGGUCAUCAAACUUUCUGAAGCAUCAAGUCUAGAUUUACACAUGUUGAAAAGGCCAGGGGGGUGUUUCACAAAGAUCCUAAGUUGAACUUAUCUCUAAGUUUGACUUAAAAAGUAUGGAAAGCCAUUUAAU